AUGGCAUCUGAAAAGAAGACUAAUGAGGGUGAAGCGAUCACUAUUGAUGAUGUCGCUAAGAGAUCUGAAAUUGUCGAGAUUGACCCCGCGGAGGAGAAGAAAUUGGUGAGAAAGAUCGAUUGGAAGUUAAUGCCAGUACUUUGCUUUACCUAUGCCCUCCAGUAUUAUGACAAGGCCAUUCUUAGCCAAGCAGCGGUGUUCGGACUGAGGGAAGAUCUCCAGCUCGCCGAUGGCCUCAGAUAUAGCUGGGUGUCGCUGAUAUUUUACUUUGGCUAUCUGAUUGGGACAUACCCGCUGUCGUUCCUUGCCCAGAAAUACCCGCCGCGUAUCAUUUGCGCCAUCAUUUGCAUUCUUUGGGCUGUGGUUAUCAUUUGCACACCUGCUGCUGGGUCUUAUGGCGGGCUUCUGGCGAAUCGCUUCUUGUUAGGGGUGACUGAAGCUGGUGUGUCUCCGAUCUUCAUGCUUGUUGUCGGCAUGUGGUAUACACACCCAGAGCAAGUCUUGCGUUCCAGCUUCUGGUACUCAUUCAGUGGUGGAUCGUUGGUCAUAUCGCCACUCAUCAACUAUGGACUUGGCCAUAUAUCCGGGGCUGGCCUGCACCCCUGGCAAUACAUGUACCUGAUCGCAGGUGCAGCUACUUUCCUCUGGGGAAUAGCUCUGUGGUGGCUCUUCCCGGAAACACCGUGGCAUGCCCCAGGGUUCGAUGAACAUGAGAGGAAGGUACUUCUUGAACGCAUCAAGGCGAACAAUGCAGGGUCUGAAAACCACAAUAUCAAGGUUCACCAUGUGCGAGAGGCACUGAGCGACUAUCAAUUCUGGAGCCUCAUUCUUUUGUCCAUCACGACUUGUACUGGCGGCGGCGUUAUAAAUACAUUUUCAUCCAUCGUAUUCAACGGCAUGGGGUUCACUAACUUCCAGUCUCUUUUGCUCAACCUUCCAAACGGGGGAAUGGCUUUCCUUUGUAUCCUGGGAUCAGGGUACAUUGGGAGGAUGGUACCUAAUUCACGAUUAUAUGUCGUGGCAGCGUCUAGUUUUCCUGUUAUUCUUGGCUGCGCUUUACUCUGGAAACUACCAGAUUCUAUGAGAGCAGGCCGGAUCGUUGGCUUUUAUCUUAUCAACUGCUUUUCUUCUGGCUGGGUUCAAUGCAUCGGCCUCGGCACAUCCAACGUCGCAGGCCAUACAAAGAAGUCUGUCUAUGCUGCAGGUACAUUCGUUGGCUAUUCAGUUGGGAAUAUCAUUGGCCCAUUGGUCUUUGAUGCAAAAUAUGCACCACGAUACAAAGAAAGCUUUAUUGGUAUCAUGGUUUGUUUUAGUGUCUCUUUGGUUAUUUCUUUAUGA